ACAACCCUAAAAACGCUCUCUUUCUCUCUCUCUCGGUAUCGUCCGUAAAUGGCAUCGGUUUGCGUUAAAACCGUUGGUACUUCGCCGGAGAAGCUAUCUCCGGCGAGUCACUCUCGCAAAAGCUCCAAAACAUCAGUAACGACCCAUGAAUCUCAACCGUUGGAUCCUCAGCUAGAAAACGAAGACUUCGAGUUCCUCCUCGAAGAUCCCGUCACAAUGCUAACCGCCGACGAGCUUUUCUCCGACGGAAAGCUAGUCCCACUCAAAUUCUCCGCCGCGAGUAACCCGGAGGAGGAGAAGAAGCCUGUGAUCCCGGCCGUUAACACGGCGGAGAAACCAUCCCGGAGACUAGAGAUGGAGAUAGAUCCUUACCUCUUCUCCCCGAGAGCUCCUCGCUGCACCGUGAGAUGGCGUGAGCUUUUAGGACUCAAGAAACUCACCAAAACACCAGAAGAAGCUUCUCCCUCGUCCUCACGGUUGUCUUCUUCAACUCCAAAUCCGAAAACAAGCUCGUUUAGGCAGUUUCUAAACCGAAGCUCCAAAUCUACAUCUCCUUCUCCUCCUCCUCCACCGUUGUUAGACAUCUCUGAGUCUUCCACGUCGUUAUCCUCCUCACGUCUCUCCCUCUCCUCUUCCUCCUCCUCAGGCCACGAGCUCGACGACGUUCCUAGACUCUCCUUAGAUCUCGACAAACCCAAUGCUCCGAACCCUUUUAGGUCACGUGCGCAACACCAACACUUACGCAACCAGAGGAAGCCACGGCGCCACGAUGAAGCAACGGAGAGUAGUAACGACACGAGGGCCUUGACGGUGACGGCGGAUAGUCCGAGACUCAACGCUUCGGGGAAGAUCGUGUUUCAUGGGCUCGAGAGAAGCUCGAGCAGUCCAGGUAACUUCACGGGAGGACCGAGGAUGAAACAGCAUCACGGUAUGCCGAGAUCUCAGUCUGCUCAUGUCAGAAUCACUCCUGUUCUUAACGUUCCUGUCUCUUCUCUCCGUGGUGGUGGGGCCAAGUCUGGUCUUUUAUUCGGACAGCUUUUCUCUUCUUCGACUUCAUCAUCUUCUUCUUCAGCUAGAGCACAGUUACAGAGUAACAAUAAUACCAAGAACCGUACCAAUCGAACCAGACUCGAACCGACUAGUGAAAACUAAGAAGCGAACCGGGUUUUUAAUUGUACUUUGUACCGACUUUUAUGCUUUGUUUUAGUUGGGGUUAAUUUUUUUGCUUUUAGUUUAACUGGGGAGGUUUUAUUAGAUGAGAUUAGAUUCGGGGUCGGAAUGUAAAUAAAGAGAAAUAUUUGAUUUUUCUAUUGGUGGUUCUGCAAGGAGCGAGUUGUUCGAGACUGGGGAAGAAACAGAGUUAUUAAUUUACUGUAGCGAAGAGUGAGAAGUGCUUCCCAUGUUCAGAGAUUGAUUCCAAAGAUAUUAACCACAUGGUUAGGUGAUAUAAAAAUGUUU